UCUACACUUCCACACCACGAAAACUCACGGGGGCGAGCGGCGGCACGCAAGGAACGACGGCGGGUGGAUCUGCUUCCUGCGAGCAGCGGGGCGGAGCGGAGCAAGAGUCCAUGGCUGGCACUGGGGAACUGGAGCAGUGGCUCAAUAAGGCCACUGACCCAAGUAUCCCCGAGGAAAACUGGGAAUGCAUCCAGCGGUUCUGUGACCAGGUGAAUGCUGACACAGAAGGCCCAUCGCUUGCACUGAGGCUGCUGGCGCAUAAAAUACAGUCACCUCAGGAGAUGGAAGCUCUCCAUGCUCUCACAGUGCUAGAGACCUGUGUGAAUAACUGUGGCGAAAGAUUUCAUAAUGAAAUAGCAAAAUUCAGGUUUCUGAAUGAGCUGAUUAAAGUGCUUUCCCCAAAGUACUGUGGAACCUGGUCUUCAGAAAAAGUAAAGUCAAGAGUCACAGAAGUAAUAUUCAGUUGGACAGUCUGGUUUCCUCAGGAAGUUAAAAUCCGGGACGCUUAUCAGAUGCUAAAGAAACAAGGGAUUGUAAAAGAAGACCCCAAACUGCCAGAAGACAAAAUUUUACCUCCCCCUUCUCCGAGACCUCAGAAUUCUAUUUUUGACACAGAUGAAGAGAAGUCCAAGCUCUUAGCAAGGCUUUUAAAGAGCAACCACUCUGAAGACCUGCAGGCUGCCAACCGUCUGAUCAAGAGCAUGAUUAAAGAGGAACAAGAAAAGUCAGCUAAGGUGUCCAGAAGAGUGAAUACCAUCAGUGAGGUUUCUGAGAAUGUGAAACGUAUGGACGAAUUACUGGAAAAUUACAAGAGACAAGAAUUAUCCAAAUCUGACCAGGAGUCCCUACAGACUCUGUUUCAACGCUGUGAGAAGCUCAGGCCACUGCUCUUUCGCCUUGCCAGUGAGACAGUUGAUGAUGAUGAGGCUCUAGCUGAGAUACUGCAGGCCAAUGACAAACUCACACAGGCGCUCGGGCAGUACAGGCAGGUUGUAGCCAGGCAUGAAAAUGGUGACGGAGGAGGUUCAGCCACCAGUUCUGCUGAUGCAGCAGCAUGCCAGCCAACUCCAAGACGCAUGAAGAGCUAUACACUGAUUGACUUCUCUGAACUGGAGGCGACAUCCCAGUCUCCUACAGACCAAUUUGCAAACAUAACCACUGCCUCCCAGCACAGCAGCACAACCUCUACCUGUCUGCUCGAUGAGGAGUUAAAGUCAUUAGGUCUCAGCAACUCUCCUGUUGCACAGAAACCACCACCUGAUUUUGGAUUAGCAGAGGCUGAUGUACACAAUGGAUAUGGUGAAAUUGUAAGUGCUGUUCAAACACUGGGACUGCAGGAGAGCUGGGAAGACAGCUGUUCGGAGAAGAAUGCAUUUCGGGGCCUGGCUGAUCGGCUCUCUCCACCAUCCAGGACCAAGACAUUAUCCUUGGAUUUAUCACCCAUGAAAUUGCCCUUUCCAGAUCUUCCAAAUAGCUCAAUGGCAGAUACUUCAUUCUCCAGCCUAGGCUACGAGCUGAAGCCUGCUGCCUCUUUGCAUCCAGCUUCCUAUGAUGCUUCUCUAGAAAACCUUUUUGUCCCUUUAAUUUCAAUUACACCGAGCAGUAUCUGUCCACUUACUGUGUACGACAGGAAUGGUUUCAAGGCUAUGCUCCACUUCUCCAGAGACCGGGCUCCUGGCCGACCAGAUGUGCUGGUGAUGGUUCUUUCCAUGCUGAGCACAUCAGCUCAACCAAUUAAGGACAUAGCAUUCCAGGCUGCAGUCCCGAAGACCAUGAAAAUAAAGUUACAACCAGCAUCCGGUACUGAGCUGCCCGCCUUCAGUCCUCUCCUCCCCCCUGCAGUGGUAUCCCAGGUCCUGCUGCUUGCCAAUCCACGCAAGGAUCCCAUCCGACUGAGAUACAAACUAGCGUUCACGCAAGGCGUGCAGCCCUUCAGUGAGGUGGGAGAGGUGACUGGCUUCCCAGAAGCAGAGCUCUGGGGCAGGAGCUGAAGUUCAGCAGGCUUGGAUGUUGCCAUAUUGCCUUAGCCACGGGUGGGGAGGGACUGUGUGACAGCAGUGCUGGCCUGGACUCUGUAAUGGCUCCUUUCCUCAGGAUCCGCCAUCUCCUUCUUCCUUUUGGUUUCUGUGCCAGUGUCUGGCAGGAGGAGUGUAAACUGGCUGCUUCUGCCACGGCCUUUCUCUGUAGCUGACUGUGCUUUACAAGAGACUGCUGUAGAGCCCUGCAGCCCGGGAGCCCUAAUGCUUCUUUCAUACAAGUGUUUCCUGCUGCUUUCUGGGCCAGUGUUCCCUCACCCCCAUUACUUUUUCUUUCUGAAUUAAAAAAAAAAAAAAAAAGCAAA